GUGUGUGUGUGUUGCUCAGUGACGGUCGUCAGGCUGAAAGCAUUUAAGUGCAGGGUCCCAGCAUAAUAAUCAGAAAUGUUUCUUGAGCAGCAAAUCAUCAUAUUAGAAUGAUUUCUGAAGAUCAUGUGACACUGAAGACUGGAGUAAUGAUGCUGAAAAUACAGCUGCACAUCACAGAAAUACAUUACACUUUAACAGAGAUUCACACAGAAAACAACGGUUUUACAUUAGAAUAAUAUUUCACAGAUUUUUCAGCAUUUUUGAUCAAAUCAGCAGAAAUCAUGUGUGUCUGCGGGCGGUUGGAGGUUGAAGGGCCCGUGACCUGCGCUCAUUUCCAGGGAAACUCUCAUCUGACAUCAAACUAUUGCGUCCGAGUCUCGCAGGAGGAAAUAGUUCCCGAGCGCCCCCCGUUUCCAGGGGAAACUUUUAUAGUGGGCGGAACCCGAGGGGGUCAGAGGUCACGCCAGUCUGUGACUGAAGAAUGACGAGCUAUAAACGAUUAAAUGAAGCGCUUACGGUCGUCACUAGGGCUUUCUGAACUGAAGGAGUCUGUGAGGAACGAGGAUCGUCUUCAGUCUGCAGGCCGUGAUGCGGCGUGACGUCUGAGGGGCGGGGCGUCGCUCACAACAACCUGUCGCUAUGUGUGACAUCACAGCGAUGCUCCUUAAAGGGCCGGCGCAGCACUUGCUCCGCCACAGACCCGUCCUGAAGCGUACAGGACAGAACCGUGAUCCCGGCGCUGGACUGAUAUUUAUUUUCUGAUCGGCUCUCAUUAGUAACAAGGAUGGUUUCUUCAUCUCCUCUGAACUUCGGCUCCCCUCUUCAUCUCGCUCUCCUCCUGCUCCUCAUCAUCACUGUGGCAACGCAGGUAGAGGGACGGCCGUCACCACGACGACCUGAUGCUCAGGUUUUGCAGGAUCUGUUCGGGCUGAAGAUCAGCUCUCUGCUAUUGGCUCAUCCAGAGGUCAGCGAGGGGUCAGCAGACGAGGUCCCGCCCCCGUCACGCGUGUUCCUGGAUCUCCUGGGUCGUCACAGGAAGCUGCAGGGGCGGAGCAGGAAGGGCGUGGGGCGGGGCUGCUUCGGGAUGAAGGUGGACCGGAUCGGGGUCAUCAGUGGACUGGGAUGCUGACGCUCUCAGGUUCAUGAUGUAAAGCUUUUUAUCACUUCAAGAGUUCAGAUGCAAAAGCCUCUGAAACUGUCUUCUUAAAGUAGCAUUUUUCUCAGGCUCCUGUGUUUAUGUUCAGAUAUUUCACUUCAAAGAACCUGUUCACUGACCUUAAAGUGAACUGAACCUACACAUGAGAGCCGGAGAAAAAUGCUCAUCUGUGUCCCUGCAGCACAGAAGCAGUCAUCAGCAGCACAGGUGUAUUUGUAGCAAUAGACAACAAUACAUUGUAUGAGUCACAAUUAUACAUUUCUCU